GAGAAGGCGGCCGGAAAUGCUUGUGAGGUGCCGCUGUUGUGAUGGCGCCGGAGAAGCCUUUGCGCCUGUUGGCCUGUGGAGAUGUAGAAGGAAAAUUUGGAGCUUUAUAUUCCAGAGUUCAAGCUGUUCAGAAGAAAAGUGGAGCAUUUGAUUUCCUUGUGUGUGUGGGAAACUUCUUUGGCUCUGCUCAAGAUUCAGAAUGGAAAGAUUAUCAAACAGGAGCAAAAAAAGCUCCUAUACAGACAUAUGUGUUGGGUGCCAAUAAUGAUGAAACCGUGCAUUGUUUUCCUGAUGUCAGCGGAUGUGAACUAGCUGAGAACAUCACUUAUCUAGGACGCAAAGGUGUCUUCAGUGGAGCUUCAGGACUUCAGAUUGCUUAUCUCAGUGGAGUUGAAUCCACAGAAGAUCCAGCUCCUGCACACUGUUUUAGUACUAAGGAUGUGAUUGAUCUCAAAACUUCCUUACAAUCCACUUCAAAAUUCAAAGGUGUUGACAUCUUGCUCACCUCUUGUUGGCCCAAGGGGGUAGAGACCUUUGGCAACAGCCCAGGAGAUGUGAACUCUAUGAAAUGUGGUUCAGGGUUAGUUUCUUUACUGGCUGCAAGUUUAAAGCCCAGAUACCAUUUUGCUGGUCUUCAGAAAAUCAAUUAUGAAAGACUUCCUUAUAGAAACCAUGCUAUUCUUCAAGAAACUGCGCAACAUGUCAGCAGAUUCAUCGCCCUGGCCGAUGUUGGCAACACUGAUAAAAAAAAGUAUCUCUACGCAUUUAGCAUUCUUCCAAUGAAUUCAAUGGAUCCUGCAGAACUCAUCAAGCAGCCCCAAGACACCACCGAGAACCCGUACCGAAAGCCUGGGGAUGGAGAAAGUUUUGCAUAUCAGUUACCAGAUGCAAAGGAGGAAUCUGCUACCCAAUUUUUUUUCGAUUUAAGCAACAAGCCUAAAGGAAAGAAACGACCUAUGAAAGGAGAAGAGAGACGUCCACCUAAACGAUCACCCUUCAAGCCCCCAUUGCCGACAGCUGCCUGCUGGUUUUGCCUUGCCAGCCCAGAUGUUGAGAAGCAUUUAGUGGUGACCAUUGGCACUCAUUGUUAUCUUGCCCUUGCCAAAGGGGGUUUGUCCCCUGAUCAUGUCCUUAUUUUGCCCAUUGGACAUUAUCAGUCAAUAGUUGAGCUUGCUUCAGAAGCAGUGGAGGAAUUUGAACAGUACAAGACCGCGCUGAAAAAAUUCUUCAAAGCCCAAGGGAAAAGGUGUGUGAUUUAUGAACGAAAUUAUAGGAGUCAACACCUCCAGCUCCAGGUUGUUCCUAUACCCCAGGCCUGUUGUGUUACUGAAGACAUUAAGGAAGCCUUCAUAAGUCAAGCAGAGGAACGUCAUAUUGAGUUGUUAGAAAUACCAGAACAUUCAGCUCUCAAACAAAUAACUCAGCCAGGGACACCGUAUUUUUAUGUUGAGCUUGAUAAUGGAGAGAAACUCUUCCAUCGUAUUAGCAAAAACUUUCCCUUGCAGUUUGGAAGGGAGGUGCUGGCCAGUGAGGCCAUCCUUGGCAUGCCUGAGCGGGCAGACUGGAGAAGCUGCCAGACAGGGCGGGAUGAAGAAAUUGCUGCAGUCCAAGACUUCCGUCAAGCUUUUGAGCCCUUUGAUUUUGCCCAGUCAGAUUGAGUAUCUGCAUGGAAGUGGGAAAGCUCUCUUGAAGAACAGCUUUCCUUUGACACUUCCUGUCAAGUCAUAGGAAUUUUGCAGGGGUUGGAGUUCAUUUUUCCUGCUGGCUAGGUCAUGAAGGAAGGCCUUUUAUAUGACAGGAACCAGUGAAUAUUUCACUGAAUGUUAUUUAUUUAUGAAGCCUUGCUGGUCUAUAGUUUGGGUCUCAUUUUGGCUGCACUUAUUGGCCUGUGGCUUCCAGAAGGCCUUCGGAUUUUCUUUUGCGGCUGACCCCUCUGUUCCAGCCAGUGAGUUUAAGAGCUAUGAAUCCUCCUAGAUUGGAGAAAUAGUUUAAGUCCUCUGAUAUUGGAGGUAGAUUUGCAGUGUGCAUCACACAGUGUCCCAAGUUCUUGUGCUCUGACAGUAAAUCACUGCUAUCCAGGUCAUGCACAAAAAGAGAAGAUUAAAAUCUUUGAAAGCAGUGGAAGCCUCAAAUCUCUGCUGUAUAAAUAGAGGAGAUGGUGAGAAGCUAGUGCUGGUGGCAAGCUGCUUGUGCAAAGGGAAAACCAUGCACAGGCAAGGAGCAUGUUAACUGUGUUUUAUGAAAAUAAGGGAAGUCAGAUGUGCAGUGCAGACAAGCAAUCACUGCUAACUCAAACUUUCUGUUCAGCUCUAAGUUUAGCUAUGGUUCAGUUUUUAAAUAACUAUACUGAGAGAGAGGCAGAGAUUAUGAAUCCUAAUGUCAAGCAAGUUACUGGCUUAAUGAACAGUCUUGGAGAUUGGUUAAAAAUAUUUAAUGGUUUGGUCAAAUGAAUAUUUUUAAUGAGAAGGUGUUAUUUUAAUACAUGAAAACAGAUAAAAUAUUUUCCUGUCAACUGCUGGCUAGCGUUAGCAGCUGGGAAUAAAGUCAUCUAUACGAGCUCAGUUAAAAUUUUCAACAAGUCUGUUACUUUUGAAGAAGCAAUCAUUAUUUUUGAGGAAAUUAUAAGCUCAUAUACAGUAAUAGAGUCGUAUGGGGUCUGUUUCUUAUGACUUAUUUGGAACUUCUCAAAUGUAACAUAACAGCCUUUUAAUUUACUUACAUCUUUUUUAAUAUUUAUUUUUUCAAUAAUUUCCUUGGACACCCUAUUCAGCCUAGGAAUCCAAACUGUAGCAUCCAGUGAAGAAACGGUUCUUUCUAAAUUAAUUGGUUUCAUUGUUGGGCUGUUCCUACUGUUAGAGCAUUUUGCAAAAUGGGCUCAUAGGCAUUGAUUGGGGGUGAUAUGGUCACAUUUCAAUUAAGAUAGAAGUUAAAAUUAUCUACUCACUGGUCUUCUCUUAAUACAUGGCUACAAGAGGUGGACUUUGCACAAGACUAAAAGUUUUGAACUAAAGUGCCGGAAGAAGCAUACAAGUAGUCCUUAACUUAUAAUAGUUCAUUUAGUGACUGUUCAAAGUUA